AUGGAAGGUUGUCCUCGUCUACCGGCUAUUAGUUUUGAUCCAAAAGUAUCUAUUGAAUCAGUUGAUUUAUGUGAAAAAAUUCCUAAUUAUAUUACAUCAACUUAUCAAGAAAAUGGUAAUAAAUAUUCUCAAGAAUGUGAACAAAUGAAUCGUCUUCGACAAACUACAAUUAAUUCUUCAGCUGAUGAAAAUGGUAUUCAAUUACUUAAACGAUAUUAUUGUCAAUUACAAUUAUUACGAAAUCGUUUUCCUAUGUUACCUGAUACAGAAUGUGCUGUUCGAUUUACAUGGGAAGAUGCUUUUCAAAAAGAAGAUAAUACAUAUAAUGAUAUUCGAUUUGAAGAAGCAUGUAUAUUAUAUAAUCUUGGUGCAAUGUAUUCACGAUUAGGUGCUAAUGAAUCACGAAGAACACAUGACAGUAUUAAAAAUGCUUGUACGUAUUUUCGAUGUGCAGCUGCAUGUUAUGAAAAAGUACGUGAUCAAUAUACAACAUAUACAUCAGAUUUAACACCAGAUUUAUUAACAUGUCAAGUUCAUAUACUUUUGGCACAAGCACAUGAAGCUGUACUUGAAAAAUCUUUACUUGAUCAACGAGCACCUUCAGUUAAUGCUCAUGUAGCUAUGCAAAUAUCAGAAUAUUAUCAAAUGGCACUUCUUAAUCUUAUGAAACCAGGAAUUAAUUCAAUUGUAUCAAAAAGAUUUCGAGAAUGGCGUGUUUAUUUAACAUAUAAAUUAUCAUAUUAUUUUGCUUUAACAUAUUAUUGUUGUGGUUUAAUAGCUGAAGAAAAUAAAAAACAUGGUCAAUCUGUAUGUUAUUAUGAAGCUGCUGUUGAACGACUUAAAGAAGCAUGGAAAAAUGCUGAAAAAAUUUCAUCAGAUAAAACAAAUAUAUUUAAAGAUGCACAUAUGUUUACAAAUGAUGUUAUUAUGGGAAAAUAUAAAGUAGCUAAACGUGAUAAUGAUAGUGUUUAUUUUGAAAAAGUACCAACAUUAUCAAGUUUACCAGCUAUUCAAGGAGCUAUAGUUGCUAAAUCACAACCAUUUGAUUGUCAUGAUGCAGAAGUAUGUGGACAAGAUAUUUUUCAAAAAUUAGUACCAUUGGAUGCACAUUUAGCUGCAUCAGAAUAUAGUGAAGAAAAAGCUAAACUUUUACGUGAAAUUAUUGAAUUAACAGAAAAUAAAAAUCGAGAACUUGAAACAUUUAUGCUUUGUUUACAAUUAAAUCGUGUUCCAUUAAAUAAUGAAUAUCUUCGUUUACCACGUGAAUUACUUGAUUGUUGUGCUGCUGUUACAGCUCGUCCAAAUAUGACUAAAGAACUUGUUUCAGCUAUGCAACAACUUAAUAGUCAACAUCAUGAUGUAACUGAACAAGUUGAUGAAUUUGAACAAUUAUUAAAAAUUUUCGAAGAUAAUAAUGAUAUAAUAAAAACAAAUAAAGAAUAUAAAGAUUUAAAAUUAAAUUUAAAAUCAAUUCAUGAUAUGAUGUUACAAGCAAAUGAAAGUAAUAUUGAAUUACAUCGACAUAUGACAACAAUAAUUGAACAUUUAAAAAUUCUUAAUUCAUCACUUGAACAAUUAGAAAAAACUUUACCUGUUAUAACGGAACUUGAUGAUGAAACAAAUAAACCAAAAAUAGCUCGUCUUGCAUUAUUAAAUGAAAAAAUUGAAACAAUGAAAAAACAACGUGAAAUGUUAGUAAAUGAUUUUCGUAAAAAAAUUCAAGAUGAUGAUAUAACAAAACUUGUUCUUAUGCAAAGACAAGAAAAUCAUAAAACUUUAUUUUCUGAACAAGUUAAAAAACAUGAAGAACUUGUUAAUAUUAUUAAACAAAAUUGUCUUGCACAAGAUAAUAUUUUACAAUUAUUAACAGAAGCUAAUGCAGAUAUUGCUGAUAUGAGAACAAAAAUGGGAACAACAUAUGAAACUCGUAAUCGAUUAAUUCAAGAAUAUAUCAAUUCAUUUAAAUCAUUUGAAGAUACUCUCGCAAAAGCAAAUGAAGGCAUUGAAUUUUAUAAAAAGCAAAGUGUUAAAUUGAUAAAACUAAAUGAUCGUCUUAAUAUAUUAAAAUCUCAACAACAACCACUACCGCCGAAACCUUUAUUACAUCGUCAACUACCAUCCAAUAUACCUUCUCGUCAUAGUCCAUUACCAACUUGGUCUAAUCAAGAUUUACCUGAAGCUGAUUUUUCAAUGAAUAAUUUACCAAUGACUACAUCUGAUCGACCACGUUUGAAAGAUUAUUUAGCUGCAAUGAAACCUGAUACAUGGGGUUCAAAUACAGAUCGAUCAUCAAAACGUUCAUCGACUAAACGUGAAGAAAAUAUGUAUAUGCAUUUACCUGGAUCAAAUAUUGGAGACAAUAGUAAUAUUUAUACUAAUCCAACACCAUCAUCUAUUCCUUUAUAUUCAUCUGUACCAACUACAACUGGAACAACACUUACAUCAUUAUCUAAUUUUAAUCCACAUCGUUAUCAAGCACAAUCACCAAUACAUUCUGAACAACCAUCGAUGUCAUAUGUUCCUCCACCGACACAAUCAUCAUCUUUUGUACCACAACAUUCGAUAUCAUAUCAACAACCAAUACUUAAUCAAUCGCAUUCGAUUGAUUCUAAUGCAAAUUUACUUGCACAAAAUUAUCGUGGUCAAUCACAAAUGACUUAUAAUUCUCCGCUUCCAACACAACCAUUUACUCAAUAUCAACAAUUUCAUCCUUCACAAUCUAUUCCUCAAUCUAGUACUCCAACUCAACAAACGUUCCAUCAACCACAAAUUCCACCGCAACAACCAGUUUAUCAACCAUCACCUCCUACUCAGCAACAAGUUUAUCAGCCACCACAACAAUCAUUUCCUGUAUCUAGUCAACAAUCAUUUCAACAACCAAUUUAUCAAACAUCUUCCUUCCAACAACCAAUAUAUCAAACUUCUUCUGCUCAUCCAACAGCAAACACUUCAUUUUUUCAUCAACCACCACCACAACAACAUCAUCAUCAAAUACCACAAUCAUCACAAACAAUUCCAACUCAACCAAUACCUCCUCAAUCAACAGUACAACAGCCCACUAUUCAUCAAAACCAGCCUUUCAAUGAUCCUAAUCUUAAUGCGCAUCAACCUUCACUACCAGCAAAAUUCGAUCCCUAUCGUCCACAACCCGUAGGAGCUUAUGAUAUACCCAAACCACAAAAUCCACCAUACACGUCACCAUCACCUCAACAGCAACAAAUGAUUCCGCCACCUCAACAGCAACAAAUGAUUCCUCCAUCUCAACAACAACAAAUGAUUCCACCGCCUCAACAGCAACAAAUGAUUUUUCCACCUCAACAACAACAAAUGAUUCCACUGUCACAACAGCAACAAAUGAUUCCUCCAUCUCAACAACAACAAAUGAUUCCACCUCCGCAACAGCAACAAAUGAUUUCUCCACCUCAACAGCAACAAAUGAUUCAACCACUUCAACCACAACAAAUAAUUUCGCCAACAACUCGUAUCAAUCCGCAAGAUGUCUAUCGUCCUGGUGGUUUAUUUUCAACAAAUCAACCUCAAGCUCCAUCAUCAUCAAUUAAUAAUAAUAAUUAUGAUUCAAAUAAAACUGUGCAAUAUGUUCAUUCUUCUAAUCUUGCUCCAUCUUCAUCUACAACAAAUUCACAAAUAAAUUCAAUAUCAAAACAAUCUUCCGUACCUCAUAUUGCUGAUGAUUUACUAUCAUUAGCUCUUGAACAACAAUUAGAAACAAACAGUACUGAAUCUACUAGUUCAGAAGUUCAAUCAAUUAAUUCAUUGGAUGAAGAUUUACAAAUAAAAAGUAAUGGUAAACCAAUUGCUUGUAUUCAACCAUUAUCAAUGAUUAUUGAAGACAAACAAUCAAUUCAAACACUUUCUACACCUUCAACUAAUAGUUUAUAUCCACCACAAGAUCCAUAUGAUGAUAAAGAUAAACUUGAUCAAUUAGUAGGUGAUGUACAACGUUUUGAAAAACAUGUUAGUACAAUGACGAAAAAAAUUCUUAAUGGUACAGUACCACUUGAAGUUGAAUGGAAAGAAUUAUCAGAUUUACAAGAAAAAGAUGUACAUACACAAACUUGUGCAAUUGGAAAAUGUAAUCCAAAAUUAAAUCGUUUUCAAGAUUUAAUUCCAUAUGAUAAUUCACGUGUUCAACUUGUUCAAACAAAUCCUAAUCAACAAAAACAUUUUAAUGAUUAUAUAAAUGCAACAUCAAUUGGAAGAAUUCGUGAUGCAUCAUUUUUAAUUGCUCAAUAUCCAUUAUCAACAACAAUUGGAGAUUUUUGGUCAAUGAUUUAUGAACAACAUGUAUCUAUUGUUGCUGUACUUUUAAGACCUGAUGAAAUGCAAUCUAUUAAUGUUUAUCCACAAAAAGUAAAUGAAGAACUUCAAUUUUCAUCAUUUACAAUAACAUUACUUAGUACAAAGAGUCCAAGUCAAUUGACUAAUCAUAAAAUAAUACGUCUUCAUCAUUUACAAACAAAUCAAUCAAGAACUGUAGUAUGGCUUGAACAUCUUGGUUGGCCACCAAAAGAAAUGCCAGAUAAUCCUAUUGAAUUAUUAAAAUUUAUUCAAGAAGUAGAACAUUAUCUUAUUCAAACACGAAAUCGACGAAGUACAAUUCUGGCUACUUGUUUGAGUGGUGUAUCUCGUACAGGUCCAUUUUUAGCUUUAUUUACAAGUAUACAAGAUAUUGAUGAAGGUCGAUCAUUUCCUGAUUUAAAUAAAAUAAUUCGUUUACUUCGUUCGAAACGUCGUCAUUUAAUACAAGAUAUGAAUCAAUUAAAAUUUGUCUAUGAAACUCUACUUUAUUAUUGUCAAAAUUUUCUUGUUAAACGUGGAGUAUUAAAAGUUGGUUCAAUGAUGCAUCAUCAAUCAUCAACAUUAAAAUCAACUUCUUCAAAUACUUAUACACAUUUAUUUGAUGAUGAAAUUCAAACAAUUGUUGAUAAAGCUAAACCAAUUAUACAAUCAAUACCUAAUUAUGAUGUUGGUCCAAUACUUUCAUCAACUCCAACAUCAAAUAUAAUUGAAGAAAAACCAGUAAUAAAACAAUUAACAGCUAUUGAAGAAAAUUUUAAUUUACGUCCAGAAGAAAGUCAUAUAAAACCUAAAAUAACACGAGAAGAGUUUUUUCGAACAAAAUCAUCACCAGUUAAAGAUUUAUCUGAUCCAUUUAAUCAAUUAGAUCCAUUAUGGACAUUUCGUUAA